ACAUGGGACCAUUUGCUUCCCUUUUUUAUAGCACUCCAUGCAGCGCAUGUUUAAUGCCAUAUACGACGACAUGGUCUCCUCUCACCUCUGUCAUACCAAAUCAAACAUACAUAAUACAACACAUUAAUUAAUUAAAUCUCCAUAAAUGGCUUCCUCCCUCAGUCCUCGCCCUUUUCUCCUUGUUUGUUUUGGAAUCCAUUUGCCACACCCACCUGGGCUCAAGAUUUCACUUCGAUUGAGGGUUUGAUGUUGGCUUAAAGUUUGAGUUAUUGGUUGGAAUUGCAAUGGGAAGUAGGGAAGAGGAAGGACGAUCCUUGGCUGAAACGCCCACCUGGGCUGUUGCCACUGUCAUCACAUUUAUGGUUACCAUUGGGUUUCUGAUUCAUGGAGGUUUAGUGAAGUUUGGGAAGUGGUUAGAUAGGACUAAAAGGAAGCAACUUCUUGCUGCACUGGACAAGAUCAAGGAAGAGCUAAUGGUGUUUGGACUUCUGUCGUUGCUGAUGGGUCAUUGGAUCGUUUUCGUGGCUAAAAUUUGUGUCAAGUCAUCGGCAGUGAGUAGCCGGUUCUAUCCAUGUGUGGCUAGUAAUUAUGUGAAGCAUGAAGGAUUUGAGAAUCAAGCUGUUGACUUAAGGUCUAAUCAUUUGAACUCCUCCACUGCGCGAUCCUUGUUGGAAGACGUGCAUCAAGGUUUUUGUCCCCAGGACCAUCAACCGUUUGCUUCGUAUGAGAGCCUUGAGCAGCUUCAUCGCUUAUUGUUUGUUCUGGGCAUUACCCAUGUCUCCUAUAGUUUUUUAGCUGUUGCAUUAGCCUUGAUCAAGAUAUAUAGCUGGAGGACAUGGGAAAACCAUGCCAAGACAAUGGCUCUUCGGGGCUUGCUAACAACAGAUACUUCUGCUGCUCCUGAAGACAGGGGAAAAGGUGGUGUGAGAAUGAAGCGCCUAACAACUUUUAUAUCUCAUCACACUUCUCAUCCAUGGAGUCAACACAGACUUCUUGUUUGGCUGCUUUGUUUCAGCCGCCAAUUCUGGAGUUCAAUUAACCAAGCAGAUUACACGGCCCUGCGACUAGGCUUCCUUACUACUCAUCAAUUACCUUUUACUUAUGAUUUCCACAAUUACAUGCUUCGAAGUAUGGAGGAAGAAUUUCGAGAUAUUGUUGGCAUUAGUAUCCCACUUUGGAUUUUUGCUAUUACCUGCAUUGUUCUAGGCUUUCAUGGAACAAAUAUAUAUUUCUGGGUUUCUUUCCUCCCUGCUAUUUUGAUCCUCCUGGUCGGUACAAAACUGCAUCGCAUAGUUGUAAAGCUGGCUGUUGAAGUUGUAGAUUCAAGUCAUUGGACAGGAUUUGAACAGUUCAACCUAAGGGAUGAGCUGUUCUGGUUUGGCAACCCGAGGCUUCUUCUUCGGUUGAUACAAUUUAUAUUGUUUCAGAACGCAUUUGAAAUGGCGACAUACAUAUGGUCUAUGUGGGAAAUAAAGGAUUCAUCGUGUUUCAUCGGUGAUCGCACUUUCCUUAUUACUCGCUUGAUAUUUGGGAUCGUCUCCCAGUUCUGGUGUAGCUUUAUUACAUUCCCUCUCUAUGUUAUUGUUGCUCAGAUGGGGUCGAAGUUUAAGAAAACCAUAAUAUCUGAAAAUGUGAGGAAAUCACUUCACGGGUGGCGCAGGAAAGUGAAGACUAGACACGGCGGACAACCUUUCAGAAUGCUAACUGUGCCCUCAUCCGUGGAUGAGGGAGAUAAAAACUUUGAGAGUGUCUCUUCCACUAAGGGUGGAUACUCAACAAGAUUUGAAGGUCGCUUCAUGCCUAAUCAGAAUCUCUCUUCGGGACAGUCUGAACGAAAUGAAAUAUCAUCAUUCAACGAGAAACUCCAGGAUCAGGUUUGUUCUGCUCCACAGGAUGAAUAUAGCAAUGAAAGAUAUGGUCAAGAAAUUAAACCUAGUGAUGAUGUAGAGGAGAUUCCUGUACUUCCAUCAAAGGAACAGCCAAACUAAGUUUACUCGCUCUUUUCAAAAUCAAAUUUUACACAGUUGAAAGUUGGUAUGUUCCUCUUCCAGAGGAUUUUAUCCAUGACUUCCCAGCUCUCGUGGUAUUGCUGUUGUAUGGAUGAAAUAGUCUUCGUGUUAGUUUCUUGUUCAACCGGAUGCUGAUCGUUAGAUCAGUCGUGCCAGCGCCCCUUUCUCAUGCAGCACGGCCCAGUUCAUAUAAUUGUAAACUUCACUUUCAUAGGUAAAGGUCAUCUCGUUGAUCUCAGGUAGUGUGAUUGAUUCUUGAAGUCCUUCGACACAAGUGUCAAAGGUAGUGAAAUAAAUGCGGUCAAUAGUACAUCCAUGACAUGAAGAAUUGAGAUACUUAUAGUGUUGAGGUCCAUAUAAAUCAGUCACAUUAAUAUGAGCACCGAUGACUGGAUCAGAUCGAUCCAACUGGAGUAAAGUGUGCUGCUCUUUGCAGUGGUUAGUAAGUCUUGCAAAGCCUAAAGGGCCUAUUUGGGUGCAGCAACGGGGGCAUCCUAGACGAUCAAUGUUUACUCUUCUUAGUUCCACGUUAAUUACUGCAGUAUGUAUUGUGGGGGAAAUUCUAAUUUGGACCAAUUGGUCAGUUUAAAACUAAUUAUCUACCAAAUGUAAUAUA